AGCCCGGAACCCGGGGGCGCGCCCGGGGCGAACCCCGACACCCCAAGCCCAUCUUUCCUUCCUAUAUGUCAGCCUGAGAAUCUGCCAGCCCCGGCCUCAUGAGGGCCCUUUGUCUCUCUAGAGGGGCCUCAGGCUUCCCCAGCUUCCUCGCGGUAGAUCAGCGCGGCGUUGGGAGCUCCCCGCCGCGGCCCGGCGGCUCAGCAAGCCGCAGCCGUGCGCUCUUCUUGGUCUGGCCGCUCUCAGCCGCCGCCGUUCUCCGGGCGCUCGCGGUACUUAACGUUGCCGCUUCCUUCCUGCAGUGAGCGGGGCCGUCAGGGCGGGGGACUAGACGCGGCCCGGUCUCCGCGAACGCAUCCUGCUGCCCUGCGGUCCCUCAGCCUCGCUGGAAGCACCGCGGCCGGCAGUCCGGCCUGCACUACCCUUCUUCUCCCAGACAGAGUCCCGGCCCCUGCCUUGCCCUUGUCUUCUCGUGGACACCAUACUUGGCUUUUUCGGUGUUCACGGUCUCUGGGCACGGCUGGGGCCGGAUCCUGUAAGUUCACAGUCUGCCUGGAUGAUGUUGCUCAAACACAACAUGUAAUCGAAUGGCUUGGUCUGCGCUCUCGAGUUUAUAUUACCGAAAAAACGGUUCGAAACAAUCACCAGCGCCACAAAGCGUUUACCAGGACCUAACGGAUACAUACUGGGUGGGAGAGGCUUGUAUUACAGGCAGCAGCGACAGAAGCAUGGACCGUAAACUCAACUGUCUGGAAUCCUGUGAUUUGAAACAAUAAACGGGUGCACCCUGCCCUGUGGCUCAUUCCUGACUUAGGCUUGUGACCACCUCUGGCUCAGGGGCGUUCAAUCAUCCCUCAGUUCCUAGGGCCUUCCAACAGAUCACAUCUGAAAGAUCUUUUAGAAAUCUUACCCCCCGUUGGCAUCUCUCCAAAUCCAUUUUAUAGAUUGUGCAAAUAAGACUCCAGAAGAUAUUUAACUCACUGUACUUAUGAUUACUGCUGCUUUGGGCAGGUGGACAUAGGGUUAGUGGCUCCAGGGUGCUUGCUGCAGUCGCUCCUCAGGAUCCGGGUCACAUACCUUGUUGAGUUUUUUGGUAGCAUUUCUUCUGCUUGGUUUACUACUACCAAUUCCUGCCUGGCCUGUUAGACUACAAUGCCUGUGUUUUUCCCACCUUUUAUGUCUUGCCCGGCUUGUUUUGCACAUUUUUGUGAUCUCUCUUGUGAUAAAUUUACCUUCAGCUUUCAAGCAGAUAACUGAGGCUAAUGCUGAAUACAAUGUAUAGUAGACCCUACUUUUUAGUUACUGUGUUAGCAGGUUGCACAGUUUUAAUGCUUAGAAGAAGCCUGUGUUUUUUGUUUUUUUUCUCCCUAUUUGGAAAACUUGCUCAGAGUUUGAUACUGGACUAUAUACUUUGGUUGCUGGGAGAGUGUGCUUAAAAUGCGGAUUACCCGAUCUUGGAAAUCUUCAUUUAUUAGGCACUGCAGGUCUUGGACAGGUUUGGCAUUGGCUUAUUUAGGGUUCUGCCUGGGAAUUACCCUUGCUGUGGAUAGAAGCAACUUUAAGACCUGUGAAGAGAGUUCCUUCUGCAAGAGGCAGCGAAGCAUACGGCCAGGCCUCUCUCCAUACCGAGCUUUGCUGGACUCUCUGGAACUUGGUCCUGAUGCCCUCACAGUCCAUCUGAUUGACGAGGUCACCAAGGUACUGCUGGUGCUAGAACUCCAGGGACUUCAAAAGAAUAUGACUCGGAUCAGGAUUGAUGAACUGGAGCCCCGGCGGCCGCGAUACCGUGUGCCGGACGUGUUGGUGGCUGAUCCCCCCACAGCCAGGCUUUCUGUCUCUGGCCGUGAUGAGAACAGUGUGGAGCUAACUGUGGCUGAGGGACCCUAUAAAAUCAUCUUGACAGCAAAGCCAUUUCGUCUGGACCUGCUAGAGGACCGCAGCCUUCUACUCAGUGUCAAUGCCCGUGGACUCUUGCAUUUUGAGCACCAGAGAGCCCCCAGGGUCUCUUUCUCGGAUAAAGUUAGUCUCACACUCGGUAGCGUUUGGGAUAAGAUCAAGAACCUUUUCUCUAGGCAAGGAUCAAAAGACCCAGCUGAGGGCGAUGGGGCCCAGCCCGAGGAAACACCUGGGGAUGGAGACAAGGCAAAGGAGACUCAGGGGAAGGCAGAGAAAGAUGAGCCAGGAGCCUGGGAGGAAACAUUCAAAACUCACUCUGACAGCAAGCCAUAUGGUCCCACGUCUGUGGGUUUGGACUUCUCUCUGCCAGGCAUGGAGCAUGUGUAUGGGAUCCCCGAGCAUGCAGACAACCUGAGGCUGAAAGUCACUGAGGGUGGGGAGCCAUAUCGCCUCUACAAUUUGGAUGUGUUCCAGUAUGAGCUGUACAACCCCAUGGCUCUGUAUGGAUCUGUGCCCGUGCUCCUGGCACAUAGCCCUCAUCGGGACCUGGGCAUCUUCUGGCUCAAUGCUGCUGAGACCUGGGUUGACAUUUCCUCUAACACAGCAGGGAAGACCUUGUUUGGGAAGAUGCUAGACUACCUGCAGGGCUCUGGGGAGACCCCACAGACGGAUGUGCGCUGGAUGUCAGAGAGUGGCAUCAUUGAUGUCUUCUUGCUUCUGGGGCCUUCUGUCUCUGAUGUGUUCUGGCAGUAUGCUAGUCUCACAGGGACCCAGGCAUUGCCCCCGCUCUUCUCCCUCGGCUACCACCAGAGCCGCUGGAACUACCGGGACGAGGCUGAUGUGCUGGAAGUCGACCAGGGCUUUGAUGAUCACAACCUGCCCUGCGAUGUCAUCUGGCUGGACAUUGAGCAUGCUGAUGGCAAGCGGUACUUCACCUGGGACCCUAGCCGUUUCCCCCAACCCCUCACCAUGCUUGAACACUUGGCCUCCAAGAGGAGGAAGUUGGUGGCCAUUGUGGACCCCCAUAUCAAGGUGGACUCUGGCUACCGUGUACAUGAUGAGUUGAGGAACCAGGGUCUGUAUGUUAAAACACGGGAUGGCUCUGACUACGAGGGCUGGUGCUGGCCAGGUGCAGCUGGUUACCCUGACUUCACCAAUCCUGCAAUGAGGGCCUGGUGGGCUAACAUGUUCAGCUUUGACAAUUACGAGGGCUCUGCUCCCAAUCUCUAUGUCUGGAAUGACAUGAAUGAACCAUCUGUAUUCAAUGGUCCUGAGGUCACCAUGCUCAAGGAUGCCCAGCACUAUGGGGGCUGGGAGCACCGAGAUGUGCAUAACAUCUAUGGCUUCUAUGUGCACAUGGCGACUGCUGAUGGGCUGGUGCUGCGCUCUGGGGGCAUAGAACGUCCCUUUGUCCUGAGCAGGGCUUUCUUUGCUGGCUCCCAGCGCUUUGGAGCCGUGUGGACAGGCGACAACACUGCCGAAUGGGACCAUUUGAAGAUUUCUAUCCCUAUGUGUCUCAGCUUGGGGCUGGUGGGAGUCUCCUUCUGUGGGGCGGAUGUGGGCGGCUUCUUCAAAAAUCCAGAGCCAGAGCUGCUUGUGCGCUGGUACCAGAUGGGUGCAUACCAGCCAUUCUUCCGGGCACAUGCACACUUGGACACUGGGCGGCGAGAACCAUGGCUGUUACCGUCUCAGUACCAUGACAUAAUCCGAGAUGCCCUGGGCCAGCGAUACUCUUUGCUGCCCUUCUGGUACACCCUCUUCUAUCAAGCCCAUCGUGAAGGGAUUCCUGUCAUGAGGCCCCUGUGGGUACAGUAUCCUCAAGAUGUGGCCACCUUCGGUAUAGAUGAUCAGUUUCUGCUGGGGGAUGCGUUACUGGUUCACCCUGUAUCAGACUCCGGGGCUCAUGGUGUGCAGGUUUAUCUGCCCGGCCAGGGGGAGGUGUGGUAUGACAUUCAGAGUUACCAGAAGCAUCAUGGCCCCCAGACCCUGUACCUGCCUGUGACUCUAAGCAGUAUCCCAGUGUUCCAGCGUGGGGGGACAGUUGUGCCUCGAUGGAUGCGAGUGCGGCGCUCUUCAGACUGUAUGAAGGAUGACCCCAUCACUCUUUUCGUUGCACUCAGCCCCCAGGGUACCGCCCAAGGAGAACUCUUCCUAGAUGAUGGGCACACGUUCAACUAUCAGACUCGCCAUGAGUUCCUGCUGCGUCGAUUCUCAUUCUCUGGCAACACCCUUGUCUCCAGCUCUGCAGACCACAAAGGCCACCUUGAGACACCCAUCUGGAUUGAGCGGGUGGUGAUAAUAGGGGCUGGGAAGCCAGCAGCUGUGGUACUCCAGACAAAAGGAUCACCUGAAAGCCGCCUGUCCUUCCAGCAUGACCCUGAGACCUCUGUGUUGAUCCUGCGCAAGCCUGGUGUUAAUGUAGCGUCUGACUGGAGCAUUCACCUACGAUAACCCAAGGGAUGUUGGGGGGUGGGACGGGUGCGGUGAUGAUAAGAGUUACCCUUCCCUUCUGCCUUGGAGUUUAUCCUCCCCAGACUUCACCUGUCUUAUCCCAACAUCCAGAUUUUGCCAACAUCUGGGUAGGAUGAGAGACCUCUGAAUUCCUUUUUGAUCUCCUGACCUCUCCCACCCCACUGACACCAAGUCUCCCUUUAUUCGCCAAUGCUCUGUUGCUCUAACUGGAGCACAUUCACCUGUGAAGACCUGGAGACCACAGGGCCCUCACUUUCCCUUCUCUCUUCCUGUCUUUUGGGGGCCCUGCAUCUCCUCCAGACCCUCUGCACUGAUGCCUCUCGUGUAUCGAUGCCAUUUCUUGGAAGAAGAUGAGGACAGUGAGCUUUAGGGCUCCUUUUCUCCAUCCGUCUCCACCAAACUGCUGUCCCUCCUUUUAUAUAUUAUUUCUUCUUUCUGGGUCAUUUCUGUCAGCCCUUUCCUUUUUAUUCUGACUGAUAGAUUGGGACCACCCCUUACCUGAAAAGGUAUGAAUGGAUCAAAGGAGUAAAGUUGCUGAAUAUCCUCUUCCCUCUCAUCCCAACCUAUCCUCUCCCCAAUUUCUUCUCUAGCUGCUGCAGUUCAGACAGGGACAGUUCUACCUCCCCUGUCCUUUUGGGUAAAAGAAGUUUCCAUUCCUCGAGAGGUUGGGCAUUAAAACUUCUUUUGCCCCCCUUUUUUUCUGUCCCCUUGAGGGGCAUUCAAGAUGGAGAAAUCAGUUGUGGUUUCAUCGAAUCACGCACGGUCACCUGUAUUUAUUGCUGGGAGAAGGCUGAGGGUGGGGGGAGAUGAUCAUGUGUGCCCAGGGUCGGCCUGAAGCCCUGGGUGGAGGGUGGGGGAGAACUAACUGGGGGCAAGGGAGAUUAUUUGUGGGAAUUUUUUUUACUUCCUCUUGGCCUCCAGCUCUGACAGGUUUUGAUAAAAGGAGAAACAGUAAAGAUAAACCAUAAGUAA